AUGGAUAUCAGGCAAGCCACUAUUGAUGACCUGCUGGGCAUGCAGAAUGCCAACCUCCUCAACUUGCCCGAGAACUAUACGUUCAAGUACUACCUCUACCACGCCCUGACCUGGCCCGAGCUGUCCUACGUUGCCGUCGACCCGGCCGGUCGCAUUGUCGGGUACAUCCUCGCCAAGAUGGAAGAAGACCCGGCGUCCGAGCCCAGCGGGCACGUCACCUCCAUCUCGGUGCUGCGGCCGUACCGCCGCCUCGGGCUGGCGAACAGGCUGAUGAAGCAGGCGCAACACGCCAUGGUCGCGCACUAUAACGCAGCCUUCAUCACUCUACAUGUGCGCAAGUCGAACCGUGCCGCCAUCUCGCUCUACCGCGACGCGUUAGGCUUCGAGGUCCACGCCAUGGAGAAGGGGUACUACGCCGACGGCGAGGAUGCGUACGGGAUGCGUUUCGUGUUCAAGGGCAAAGACACAGCGGCGUGA